AUGCAAUUGAAGGAACAAUUAAAAAGUGAAAGAAUUGACUUUGAUUCUUACAGAGCCGGUGAGAUUGGGACUCUAAAUACCCCAGAGCUAAAGAAAUGUAUUGACAUUAGCACUAACAGUAGAAUCAAUAUCCAUGAAUCCGAUUUUCAUGACUAUCGUCUGAAAUCGCUAGAGGAUUAUUCUACCUAUAGAUACGACCCCGACAACUUCAAGUCAUAUUGCCCUAAAUACUAUAACUGUUCUGUUAAAGAAAUAGAAGCAUUCACAGCCUAUAUGACAGAAUACUUUUUAGUUGACUUAAACAAUCAGUGUAUUGCUUCUGAUUUUCGAUCUAAUCAAAUCGAUUCGAGAUUAUCCUAUGAUCAAGUGUUCCAACCUUGA